AUGCCUCCAGCAAGUAGUCCAUGGGGAAAGAAAGCACAGCAGAAAAAGUCACUGAGUACAUUCCCUGCAUUGAAACAUAACGACGUUGGAAAUGACUCACCAAUAUCUCCAUAUCAAGAGAUCCAAGACGAUGAGCUUAUUGCUCUCGCCUCGAUAUACGGUGAAGACUUUCGCCGUAUUGAAACGCAUCAAUCAGCGUGGAAGAAAUUGGAGCCAUCAUUUGAGAUAUCCAUAAAAACUAAUGAUGAGGAUUUCUCGGUGACGUUAGGAGUCACCCUAACCCUCACUUACCCGAGGUCGGCGCCAUUGUUGACCUUGAAGAAUACUGAUGGCCUCCAAGAUUCUACAAAAUUUAAACUUCAGAAGAUUAUUGAGACAUUACCAAAAAAACUGAUCAAGGAAGAGCAGGCUAUGAUUAUGGAAAUUGUAACUGCUUGUCAGGAAGUGUUAGAGCAAGCUGCCGAAGCAAAAGCUGCAGGACGAGUACUACCCACUCUACAAGAAGAGCGAGCAGCUCACGAAGCGGCUGCUGCACAGAUGAUGGAAGACCAGCGUCUAGAGGAAGAGAAGAAGAAAAUAAUAGAGUCCCAGGAAGAGGAAAGAAUGCUUGGUUCGUUGGUGCAGGAUGAGUUGAAGAGACAGCGAGCCAAGGCGAAAGAGACAAAGCGGAAGAACCAGCCUCCUCCCUCAAUUACUGUAUCCCAUUCGGUGAUUGGAAAAUUGCCCCAAGAUCACGAAGUAUUAGAUCGCCAAGUCUCGAUCCUGGAUGCUGAUGGUAACCCUGUGUACUUUCAGGCGGUGACUGGUAAAUCACUCAUCCGUCAAGGUCCCGUUUCUCGUUGCUACACCGUGAGACCAGCAGUCAGCUCCCAGGCCCCGUUAUUGGUUUUGAAGCAGGCAGUGCUUGAUACGAAUUUGAGUGAUCGUAGUAUCAAGGGAGAACUGCAAGCGAUGGAGAAUGAAUUAGAAAAGCUCAGAAUCAUUAGACACGACAACAUCCUUAAUCUCCUGGAUUUCAAGGUGGAAAAAGAAGAAAACGAGUCUUCCUGGAAUGUCAGUACAUUGAGCGAGUAUGCCGAGAAAGGUUCGUUGGAAGAAUUCUUAGAUAUCGUCGAGAACAUGAACGUCAAUAAAGUUCGUUCAUGGACAAUAGAGUUAUUGGACGCUUUAAGGUUUCUCCACGAAGAAAACGGGAUAAUCCACGAGGAUAUACAUAGUGGAAACGUACUCCUUUUCCGGGAAUCAGAUGGAGUCGUCAGGCCAAAAUUUUCUGAUGCUGGAUAUCAGCGAAAGCUACAUAUUUUGAGUGGUAAAACCACGAAAGGAAAGACAAAUAGCUCUGCCAUGGCAAAAUCUGCGUACUGGUUUCCUCCGGAAAUAGCAAAUUCGGAUGAUGGCCCACGAACUGCAAAAACAGACAUCUGGGAGUUCGGCAUCGUUUUCCUUCAAAUGGCUUUUGGCUUAAAUGUCACUCGGAAAUAUACGUCACCUAAGGCUAUGCUAGACUCAUUGGAUCUGUCAGACGCUCUUCACGAUUUUAUGCUCAAGCUGUUCAAUCCUGACCCGAAAAAGCGGCCACGAGCUUUUGCACUCAAUUCGUCUGCUCUAAUGUCAAGACUUGGUUCCACCUCAUCUUUAGCACCGAUUAUUCCACGUAGACCUAGGCAUGAUUCUAUGAGUCUUAGUGGACCUUUCUCAAGAUAUACUCAUGAUUUUGUGGAGGAAGGUCGCUUGGGGAAAGGGGGGUUCGGAGAGGUGGUAAAAGCAAGGCAAAAGCUAGACGGGCAGAUUUAUGCCAUCAAGAAGAUUACUCAAAAGUCUUCUGCCCAGCUAGAUGAUGUAUUAAAAGAGGCUCGUCUACUUUCCCAACUCAACCACCCUUCUGUUGUUCGUUAUUUUAAUACAUGGACAGAAGAGGUUCCUGAUCUUUCUGAGACGGAUGACGAUAAUACGACAACAGAUGCCGCCACUGAAGAAUCUAGUAACGUUUCUCUUGGAGGAUCAGAACCUCAUAUCGAAUUCGGGACUAGUACCGGCGGCUUGGAUUUCAUGUCUACCAGCGGAUACCAAGUCGAAUUCGGUUACGAUGAGGCAAGCGACAGUGACGAUGAGGAUGAGGAUGAUGAUGAUGAUGACGAUGACGACGAAGAUUCCGUAGAACGCAACGGACAUGCCCGAAACCGGGGACACGAGCGUGUUGCUCUAGCACAUAGGGGAAGUAGAUCUAGUCCGCGGCCUUCGCGCCCAUUCAAAACAAUCUUAUACAUAUCUAUGGAAUAUUGUGAGAAGCGAACACUUCGCGAUCUUAUUCGACGAGGACUCUAUAGAAACAACGAGGAAAUAUGGCGUCUUUUCCGUCAGAUCCUCGAAGGUCUUGCCCAUAUACAUAGCUUGAACUUUGUUCACCGCGAUCUCAAGCCGGAGAAUAUUUUCAUCGAUGGUGCCUCUAAUGUUAAAAUAGGCGACCUCGGUUUGGCUACAAGGGGCCAAUACUCUGCAAUCGAUAGAUCGUCAGCUUCUGCGAUGCAGAAUAGUGGGGAUUUAACAAGGAGUAUUGGUACUUUCUCCUACAUUGCACCCGAAAUUCGAUCAGCAGUCUCUGGGGGUCCAUACACUGGCAAGGUUGACAUUUACUCUCUUGGUGUGAUAUUCUUCGAGAUGUGCUAUGCCCCAUUAGUUGGGAUGGAAAGAGCACAAGUCGUUGAUGGUUUACGGAAAAGGGAGCCGGUGCUUCCAGCGAAUUUUGACAAGGUCGAAAAAGCCGUUCAGGCAGAUAUUAUUUUGUCCCUCCUUAACCAUAAUCCAAAGGAGCGGCCGUCAAGUUCUGAGCUUCUUCAGAGCAGGAAGUUACCGGUCCAGAUGGAAAGCGAAACGAUCCGCCAAACUUUAGCUGGUUUAUCCGACUCGAAAUCGCCAUAUCAUCAAAAAAUGAUGAGUGCUCUCUUCUCUAGACCAACAAAGCGGGCAAAGGACUAUGCGUGGGACAUGGGAGUUCCGACACCCAGUGGCAAUGACUUGUUACUUCAAGGGCUCGUGAAGCAAAAGUUAAUUUCCAUUUUCCGCAACCAUGGAGCCGUAGAAACACCGCGAAGUAUUUUGUUCCCAUCAUGUGAUCAUUAUGGUAUCAACGCUGUCCAAUUAUUAGACAAAAGUGGUACUCUUUUACAGCUACCCUAUGAUCUCACUGUCCCAAAUGCUCGUGCUAUUGCGAAAUAUCAACCUCCUGUGGAAAGAUCCUUCGCCUUUGGUACUGUUUUUCGAGAUAAGCACGACGGUGCUGCCCCACAAACUUUUAGUGAAGUGGACUUUGAUGUUGUCACUUCAGAUAGCUUGGACCUUGCAUUAAAAGAGGCUGAGGUUAUCAAGGUUCUAGAUGAGAUUGUUGCCAGCUUUCCAUCUCUACCUUCGUCCCAAAUGUGCUUCCAUGUAAAUCAUGCAGAUUUACUUGGUCUAAUCUUCGACUUCUGUCGCAUCGAACCCAGUAUACGACAAGCUGCCGCCGAUACACUUAGUAAAUUAAAUGUACAGCAAUGGACGUGGCAGAAGAUACGAGCAGAACUUAGAUCACCGUUGGUAGGGGUAUCCGCCACGAGCGUCGAGGACCUUCAACGAUUUGAUUUUAGAGAUACCCCUAGCAAAGCUUUUCAGAAGCUAAAAGUAAUCUUCGAAGGUACCGAGAUGUUCGAAAAGGCCUCUUCUUCUAUCGCACAUCUACGUGAUGUGAUUGAAUAUACAAAACGUUUUGAGGUCCAGAGAAAGAUUUACGUCCACCCUCUAGGGAGUCUAAAAGAGAAAUUUUACAAGGGUGGCGUACUUUUCUCUUGUUUGUACGAUAGAAAGAUCCGAGAUGUAUUUGCAGCAGGAGGUCGAUAUGAUUCUUUGAUUCGAGAAAACCGUCAUCACAAGAAUAUUAAUGAGGAACGACAUGCUGUGGGUUUCAAUCUAGCAUGGGAAAAGAUGGCUAGGCUUCCAAAGUCGAACUCAAAAAGUUUCUUAAAGAAGCCCGACGAGGAAGCACAGGGUAUCUGGAGCACAAAAAGAUGCGAUGUACUCGUUGCAAGUCAUGAUGCAGCGAUACUGAGAUCAACCGGAGUUGAGCUUGUCUCAAAUUUAUGGUCGCAUGACAUAAGUGCCGAGCUAGCACGAGACUCACGUUCCCCCGAAGAUCUCCUUUCUAAAUACCGAGAUGAUAGUUAUUCUUGGAUAGUUAUUAUCAAGCAAGAUUCCGUGGUGAGAUGCAAGACUACUGGUAGGAAGGAUAUACCUGAUUCCGAUAUUCCUUCUACGCAAUUAGUUUCAUGGCUUCGUGGUGAAAUGCGUGAAAGAGAUCAGAGGGAAGGAACAUACAAUCGUGCAAAACUACCUCGCCAUCAUAGUCAACCCGACACAGGACCUAGUGAGCAUGAGCAGGACGUACGAGUUUUGUUCGCCGGUACGAAGAGCAAGAAGUCAAAUAGAAGAAGUAUUGUAGACCAAGCUCAAGGUAGAGCAGCAACGCUCGUUCAAUCUUUCCUAGACGGUCCUAUCGCUGCCAUCGAAACAACAGAUCAUGUAAUGGAUCUCAUCCGCGAAACCAAACUCUCAGAUCCCGACUCCUGGCGUAAAGUUACCCAUUCAGUCCCCACGACCGAACGUCGCUACAUAGGUGAAAUCCAUGAUUUGAUGAGCACUCUGGCUUUUCAAAAUAAAGAUAUUACGAGGAAUGCGUUUGUUUAUAAUUUUAGAACGGGAACGUGUAUUUAUUAUGAUUUGGGCGCUUAA